ACAAGUAGGCUACCACAGGACCAGUAUAUUAUUUUUAAAGUUUAACUGGCAACAGCUGAGGUAUAAUUCCCUCACAUAGGACUUUACAUUUACAGACACAUACACUCCAUAUCUUCACGACAAGAGGCUGGAUGAUUUACCAUUCACUCUUAAUAAAUCCAGCUUUUCUCAGGUAAAGAGGAUGAAUGUAGGAGCGGAUGGUGCGGACAGCCUGUUACCUAACGGAAGACUUUGAUAUUGACAACAUUAGCGUCUGUCUGACGGAGGAGCCGCCGGAGCGACACACAAACGGAGCUUCCAUCAGUGAUGAGCUGGUUUUGAUGACCUUUCGGCUCCUGUGUGAUAUGGCCUCCUUCACCUGAUUUGACCGUCAGAAGAUGGGGCCUUCAGAUGCACAUAGAGAACUGUAAACACAAUUGAGUUUAGACGGAAGGGACCACUCAACCUACUCUUUGAAGGAUAGAGAGCCAGUUCUUAUGAGGACACUUGGUUCUUCCCACAGCUGUGUGCUGUGCUGGUUUUCUUUUUGCGCUCUGAAGAAAAGUCCAGCUGGAAGCGUGGGGGCCCUGAGCCUGAGGCAGAGCUAUGGGCUGUGGGGGGAGCAGGACUGAUGCUCUGGAGCCUCGAUACCUGGAGAGCUGGACCAAGGAGACAGAGUCGACAUGGCUGACCAGCACAGACACUGAUAUCCCCCUGUCGUCCAUCCAGAGCAUCCCCUCUGAGAACUCUGAGGCCGACUUUGCUAUUGAAAAAACAAUCAGCCCUGUUCCAGAUUUCUUCGAGGACGGCCUCCCUCCCCCUGCUCAGGCUUACCUAAAGGUCUGUUCGGCCGUGUCUGAAGCCAGUCUGAACGACGUGAAACCCAGCAGCCCCCCUGCAAUACUGGGCUCUCCAGCCAAGGAGGCAGUGUUACCAUCUUCUGGCAUCACAGUGCAGCGCAGAAGCGUUCUACACACUGAAGAGAUUACAAAAUGGCAGGACAAUCGGAUGUCGACCAAGCAGGUGACCAUCACAGUGACACAGAGCAUCCAUCAGAUGGACAAGAACGGGAAGGUGAAGAAGUCCCUCACCACCUACGAGGUUAUGAAACCCGUGGAAAGCCUCAAACAGGUGGCCACACAAAACACCUGAGUGCAGGGGAGACUGGAAGAAGCCAAAGAAAAAAGGAAGAUGACUGGUAAAACAAGUGAACGGAUGGUGUUUUUGUGGAAAUAUCUUCAAGGUCUGACAGCUGAAGAAAGCACAAGAGGGAUGAGAUGCUGAACUGUACGAUUUUGAUUGUCAUAUUGAAAACAUGGCUCAUUAAAAGUUUAACUAGGCCUAUUAUAUGUAAUACUGUAAGAUGUACUUCUAUGGUGCCUGUUACAACAAUGUCUUACUGUGCUGUCUUGAAGACAUUGACAUGUAAAACUGUAGGUUGGUAAGAAAAGAUACAAAAUGUGAUAUUUUACAUUACAUACAGUAUCAGAACAAAAACAAAUCAAAGAUUUCAUAGUAUAUCACAGAAGACAGGAAAUCAUUACUUGGCACAUUUCAAAUUUCUCAAGUAACCUAGAAAAGCCUUCUCACCCCUAUUUUAAGAUGCUAAAUAUGUGUAACUAUUAUUUCACGAUUGAAUAUUCACAAACUAUACAUGUAGUUUUGUCAUUUGGCAUUGAUACAUAACAUGCAGUUGCUGCUGUACCACAAUCUGUAUGGCUCAGGAAGGUGAAACUGAUUCUGACGAUUGCACUAUUUACAGUGAUGCCUGGACAGGGGUUUGUGAUGACAAUGUAAAAAAAAAAAACAUUUCUACAUUGUGUCAUUUUGUACAAUACAGUGUUACAUUUUCUUAUCUAGCCGUUCAUGUUUUCUAAUAACAAUAAAUAAAUAAAAAA